AUUCCCAAAGCCAAAUGUAUUUGGUUGCUCACGACUUUUUCUGUGGUUUUCUCGGGAUACCUGCAGCGAAAUCGUGCUCGGCGAAUCCCCUCGUUCGCAACACCGAAUCCACAGGAAGAACACCAUCGCCAUUGGUCACAGUUUCCCAAACAGUUAUAGGUAAACUCACUUCGCUACUUACUUUCCGAGCUCAACAUUGCUAAGAAAACCAACCAUGUCUCCCAAAUUGCUAUUAUUGGCGAAUUAGGGUUAGUCAAUUAGGUUAUGGCGAACGACACUGGCUCCACUCUCGCCGCCGAGAAAGGACCAGUCACCAGGUCUUGCGCCGCCACUCCGAACCGCAAGUCGGAGCGGCUCGAGAAGCGGACGCCGCCGUCGCUGGCGGUUAGGAACGAUCAGAAGAAGAAGACACCGAGUUCUCUGAGGAGAUCUGAAAGGACUAGGAACGGUUCUCCUUCUGCUUCUUCGGAUCCUUCGCCUUCCAAGAGUUCGGGCUCGAAGAGGCAUUGCAUUGGAAAGCGUUUGGCGUACGAGGCUAACGACGAGGAUGAGGAUGAGGAUGAGGAGCGUGACGUGGAAGUUGAAGCUUCUGCAGGACUUACAAGUACGAGAACGAAUGCGCGCGUGUAUCGUACUUUUUUUGGUAAAUCAAACAGAGGUUGCCGUGAGAAGACAAGUGGGGUGGAUAGGUCAUCUCAGGAAGGUGAUGAUGGGGGUGGCAGCAAGAUUGAUGGGGACAAGAUUGAUGAGUGCCUUAAAGGGAAUUGUUUAGAUUCUGCCGAUGAUUAUAAGGAUAUUCUGCCACCUGAAGAUGAUGUCACCAGUAAAGAUAUGAGAGUCGAGCCCGAGUUGAGUGGGCCUGUGAAAGAAGUGAUAGAAAAUAAUGUGACUGUAAAUUCAUUGGCACUGUCUAAUGCUGCAACUUCUGAGCCCAGUGAGACAACUGAAAGGGUUCAGUUGUCUAAUGCUGUAACUUGUGAGACCAGGGGGACAACUGAAAGGAUUAGGUCAUCUAAUGCUGCAUCUUGUGAAACUGAAAGGGUUCAGUCUGAUUCCUGCAAAGAGGAGACAUCACAAAUGUUGGGUUCCACAGCAAAUGAAAAUUUGAUUAAGAAAUGUGUUGAGCAUGAUAAGGGUGAAAAAUCAUUAUCUUCCAAGAGAAAAAUAACUACGGUGGACAUGCAUUCAGAUGCUUCUGCUAUAUUGGUUGACAAUGAUAACAACAACAUGAUUGAGAAGGAUGCUCCCCCGUCUAGGAUAUGUGGCAAUGUUGUGGAGACCAGUGGGUCAUGUUCCAAAAGGAUAAGGCGAAUCUCCUUAUCAGAUGUGAAAAGGGAUUGGAGGAAACCAAACUAUAAUGUUGAUCAGCCUUCUUCAAAAUCUAAUGGUGAAAAAUCAUCUACUAGGAACAAGGAAGUGAGCAUUGUUGUAGCCGAUGUUGAUAUUUCCUAUGGGAGCUUGACACCAUCAGGCUCGGACUCAGAGAGGCCUCAAGGGAGCACCGUUGAAACUGAGAAAAUAAGGAAACAGCAAAGGAGCUUACAUCUUCUGCUGAAGCCAGAGAUAGCAAAUCUUUGUGAAAUUCUUGGUCUCCCUGUACGCAGCUUGUAUUCUUUUAGUCAAGUUAUACUUGCUGUUUGUUUUGGAUCCAAUUAUAAGUGUAGAGAUAGAGACCUAUAUUGCUUGUUCUAGACUGACAGCUACUGUACUGGGUCCAUUCUUAGAAACAACAAUCAAUAUUAAUAAGAGCUGAAAAUAAUUAAUGAGAA